CAAUUUUCACUCACUUCUUUCUCUCUCCUUCUCCCAUUUUCUCUCUCUUUCUCUCUCUUCCCCUCCCUUCUUCUCCUCUCUCUCCGCAUAGAUGUGAAUGAAUAAGUGGAUCUUGGUGGCAUUUCUCCCUAACCUUCUUCACUGAUCACGCAAAUAGGGUUUCCUCGAUUGGAUUUCCCUUCGCUUUUCUGUAUUGCUGUUUUUGAAUCUCUCAUAAUCCUUUUUAACCUUUUUGUUUUGUUAAUUUCUUGCUUGGCCUUCAACAAUUUCUUUUGUUCAGCUUGUGUUUGUGUUUGUGUUUUGUGUGUGUGUGCGUGUUUUUCUUUUCUUUUUUUUUUUUUUGAUUUUUUUUUCCUCUCCAUUCUUUCUUGGGCUUCCCAAAUUUCCUUUCUCCUGAAGGGAAUAUCAUUUGUUUGGUUAAAUCUGGGGCGUUGGAUUUAAUCCGAAGCUUCUGUAUUUAUUUCUGAAGGACUGAUUUAUUUGCUUAAGGAGGAGUGGAUUCACAUUCAAGAGAUGAGUUUCACAAGCGAAAGCGACGAAAGGUUGGUUAGCAGUGGUGUGGAUUCACCAUCGUUGGAUGAAGCCAACAGCGGAGGAAACACAGGAGGUCCUGCGCAGCUCAAGAAAGGCCCGUGGACUUCAGCGGAAGAUGCAAUCCUAGUUGAAUAUGUGAACAAGCAUGGUGAAGGAAACUGGAAUGCAGUUCAGAAACAGUCGGGACUUGCCCGCUGUGGAAAGAGUUGCCGAUUGAGGUGGGCUAAUCACCUUAGGCCAGAUCUAAAGAAAGGAGCCUUCACUGCUGAUGAGGAGCGCCGUAUAAUCGAACUGCAUGCCAAGAUGGGAAAUAAAUGGGCUCGUAUGGCUGCUGAGUUGCCGGGGCGCACUGACAACGAGAUCAAGAACUACUGGAACACCAGAAUCAAAAGGCGACAGCGAGCUGGCUUACCGAUCUAUCCACCUGAAAUCUCCAGGCAAACAAUGAAUGAGAGCCAGCAAAGUGACGGUAUGAACACCUUGUCCACCAAUGAUGCCCGUCACCCCGACUUUAUGUCCGUCAAUGGCCUUGACAUCCCGGAAAUCGAAUUCAAAGACUUGGAACUCUAUAAGCCUACGCAGGCAAUUCUCGAUAUUUCCACCUGCAGCUUGCUUGAUCUGCCUGCAACCAGCCUCCUAGUGCCUGGACUAAACUCGAACUUGAAAAGACCGUUGCUCUCAGAAUAUCCGCCAUCGAAGCGCCUCCGAGAAUCAUCGCCUUUGGAUUGUCUGAACCCGGGAGUUAUUAAUGAUUCUUUCUUAGGAGCGUAUCAGUUCCCAACAGAUGGUUCUGGGCAUAUCGGUCAGUCGUUUAUGUUACCGUUUGAUCAUAUUCCGACUACUUCUGAUCAUGCUUUGCAGACUAGUUUGUUCCCCGGCAGCCAUGCCGUAAUAAAUGGCAACCCUUCUUCAGAGCCUUCUUGGGCAAUGAAGCCGGAGCUCCCUUCACUCCAAAAUCAAAUGGGUAGUUGGGGCGUGCCCGCGCCCUCGCCCUCGUCGCCACCUCCAUUCUGCGAGUCCUUGGAUACAUUGAUUCAAACCCCUCCGAACGACGAUCAGGUCUCGACUCUUAAACUCAAGAACAGUGGGUUAUUGGAUGCAGUCCUGCGUGAAUCUGAAGCCAAGAAAAACUCCAAGAGUAUCGGUUGUGGACAGACUUCCUUUGCUUCCGAGAUGAUGAAUCCUUUUGCUGUGCCGGUCGGCGAGACGGAAUGGGAAGCAUACGAUGAUCGCCUUUCUCCUUUGUGCCAUUCUUCUUCAUCAAUGUUCAGCGAGACCGACGAGCCUCAUUCUGUUGUGACUUAUCCAGGGUGUAUUAAAGAAGAAAAAAUCAACUACGUCGGUGGCCCGAUGCAGUGUAGUGACCAAUCCGUCAUUUCCAGGCCCGAUGUCUGGCUCGCCGCCAACAGAUUUGCACCUAUGGAGUACCCUACAGAAGACAAUUCCUUGCUGAAAGAUCCUAUUAUGGCAUAUCUCAAUGAUGAUUUCAACAGGGAUUGCAAGCAAAUCGAAACAGACGCAAAUUCGUCAGCACAAGGACAUGGGCACGAUUCUUUUAGCGCGCUGAAUGCGUUGUCCACUGUCUGAUAUCCUUUAGCUGAAAGAGCUUUAAUUAUGCCGUACAUGUUUUUGGACGAUGUUUUGGAUCUUGUGUUACUUUUGCUGCAAACGCUAUAUGAUGGUGCCGACGAACACAGGUAUGAGAGGCUUCGCAAGCUUAUGAGUACCUCUGCUGUCUCCGGUUGACUCUCCUAUGUUAAAAUGCUUUUUUUUGUGUGUGUCAAGACAUUGUGGAUUCAUUUGUUGUUUUCGGAUAUUGGAUGUUGUUGUCUUUUUAACUUUGGUAAAGGUUCAUUUUGCAUUGGGACAUAUUGUGGUU